UCUCGAUUUCAAGCUUCAGUACAAGUUUUGUGUUAAACCCGAGAUUUCCUCUAGCUGCGCUCAGAAGAUUUCUAAGCGAUUUGAGAUUAGUUGUUCGAUUUCGUUAAAGUUAAAGGUUUGGAAAUGGCCAACCGAGUUGCCCAUUUGCUGUGCACACUGGCACUGCUAUGCAUCUCGCCAGCAUUUGGAUACCCCACCGGUGCCCCAGGGAGUUCCUGUGUUGACAUGACCCCGGUCCAUGGUGAUAACGUAGCUCAGGAAUUUCCUUCGCCUUACGAGAUCGUCCUGUCUAAGCAGGAACUGCGUGCCGGCGAAACGCUCACGAUCACUGUUAACGGCAACACUGAGGAGGACAUCAUAAAGGGACUGCUUUGCCAGGUGCGCGUAGGAGAAACACCGGUCGGAUCCUUCGACGUUCCUGCGGACGACGAACACCUUAAGGUGUUGUACUGCAACAAUUCCAAGGCUUCUGCCGUUACGCACAGGAAGGCUACUGAUGCAUCCAACGUCGUCUCGUUCAACUGGAUUGCCCCGCAAGGACUCAAGGAUCAGGCACGCGUGUACUGCACGAUCGUGAAAAGCUUCAGCGUGUUCUGGGUGAAACAGCCAUCCGCCUUGUUGACCCUGUACUAACUAGCCGGUGUACCCAGCAAAGUAGCAAGCGGAACGUAAUAUAGAUGCCUAUAAUGUUGUUUUUUCGAUCAAAUCCGGAAAUACUUACACGUGAAAGGGUUAUUAUUCAGGAAUAAACAGGUUUUCAAAAAUGA